AUGGCUUCCCACAUAGACCCUCUUUCGGCAUCAUCCUUGGAAUCGUCGGCGGCGUACUCGGGAUCGCUUUGCUCGGGAUACUCAUCAGUUGCGCCGUGCGCGCAAACUCUCGCGCACGUGCCACAACGGGGUAGGGCGCGUGCGCGCGGCGGCGGCCAGGAGGACAUCGACGGUGCCGGCAAACGCGCCGACCAGGAGACACCAGCGGCGCCAGGGAGAGUAUCCGUCGCGCAGCCAGCCUCAAGCCCGUACGCGAACGGGGCGACGGGGUUCAGUCGGGUCAGCGCCAACGGGUACAUGCCCAUCCCGGUAUCCGUCACCCGGCCUCCUAUGGCGAAUGCGCCGCAGGCAAGACACACUGGCGUCCCGUCGCUGGCGGUGCGCGCGGGAGCACACCCUCACGUACAUGGGAUUGGGGCAGCGGGAGAGGACGGGCAGCACGCCCGAACGCACGAGGACGACUGCGCGACUUGUCGCCAGAUCCGGGAGCUGCAGCGGCAGCAUGAGGCGCACUAUGCGAACGACGACGGCGCCGAGAGCCCGGCGAGGGGCAGCGCACACCCACCCUCCAGCUCGCACUCGCCCGCCCUCUACGCCCCUCCGGUCGUCACCUCGCCUUCGCCUCGGCGCAACUCCGAGGACGCCUUUUCUCCUGCGGACAGACUCUCGCACAUCGCGAGCGUGGCGGCAGAGGCUUUUCCUGACGUUCCCCCACUGUCACAAUCUCCUCCAAGCCCCGCUCCCCCACCACGGCGCUCAACUCCGGGCGCCGCUUCGCCGCCGCCGCCAUCCCAAGUGAACGACGCUCCUCCAGCUUACACGCCAAUUGCAUCCCCAUGA